AUGUCCCAGGCAUUUUGUAGAAGGCAACUUUAUGCAAGAGACCUACAACUACACCUUUGGAAAAUUGCAUAUGUUGCUGGAUUCGCAAAUACCGUGCGGUUGAGGUUUGUACAGAGACGAGGCGUGGACCCCGCCGUUGGCUUGCUUCACUUUUUGAAAAUCCAGUAUCUUGGCAACAUCGGCAACCGUGGGUCAAACUUUGCCUAUCGAGCGGCUCGACUUUUCUAUGUUUUGCCGGAAGACCAGUCAGCCGUAGCUCGUGCUAAACAUGGACUAGGAGCGCUUCCCACCUCAACCAUGAGACUGGUGCUUUUGAGUAUUGAACCUCUCUAG